AUGACACCCAUCCCUGCGGAGAACACUACCGUUAUGAGUGACCUUACUCUACGUAAGCAUAGACACCCAGAGGCGGCGGCACUUCCUACAUUGCAUUCUUCAGCUACUCCCAAUACCGAGGGGUAUUCCUAUGUGUACCCCACUGAUGCUGGCGAGAACGACCUUGCUGAGCUCAACUGCAAGCCGGCUCGACUUGUACUGGAGGAUGGCACUGAAUUCGAGGGAUACUCGUUUGGUUAUCAUGGCUCUGUCGCUGGCGAGCUGGUCUUCAACACUGGUAUGGUUGGUUACCCUGAGAGUCUGACUGACCCUAGUUAUACUGGUCAGCUGCUUUGUAUCACUUUCCCAUUGGUUGGCAACUAUGGUGUUCCUUCUGAUGAGUUGGACCAUCUUGGCCUCCCUCGUAAUUUUGAGGGCAAGAGAGUCCACGUGAAAGCCCUGGUCAUCAGUGACUAUAGUUUUGCUAGUAGUCACUACACGGCUAGACGCACCUUAUCUGAAUGGCUCAGAAAAGAGAAGGUCCCUGGCAUUUUCGGUGUUGACACUAGAGCGGUCACCAAGCACGUCAGAUCGUGUGGUGCCAUGUUGGCCAAGCUUGUCGUUACUAAUGAUGAGGGUAGCCCCUCUACCUGGCAGGACGUAGAAUGGGAUGACCCCAACGUCCGUGUCCUCCAAAGGGAAGUGUCGUGUACUGAGGUGAAGGUAUACUACCCGGCAGGCCCGGGUGAAGAAGUGGAAGUUGGCAGUCCGGUGAAGUCAAUCAGGCGUAUUGGUGGUGGCCCUGACCCCGACAGACCUAUUCAUAUCGUAGCAGUAGACUGUGGUAUGAAAUACAACAUAAUACGUUAUUUCGUGGAUGUUCUGAGAGUCCAACUGACAGUAGUUCCAUGGGACUACGACUUCACCGAAAUGGACUUUGACGGCCUCUUCCUCUCUAAUGGGCCUGGUGAUCCUACUAUGUGCGAGGCUACUAUAAAGCAUGUACGUAAGAUUAUUGAGACUCCUCGAGAAAGGCCGAUCCCGGUUUUUGGUAUAUGUCUGGGGAAUCAGAUAUUGGCUCUGGCCGCUGGGGCUAAGACGUAUAAGAUGGUUUUUGGUAACCGUGGUAUGAAUCAACCUGUCAUCGAUCUCAGGACGGCUAAGUGUUAUAUUACUCCUCAAAAUCACGGCUUUGCAGUUGACGCUGAGUCCCUGCCCGACAACUGGACCUCGCUGUUCGUGAAUGCCAACGACGGCACCAAUGAGGGAAUCAUUCAUCGUUAUCAUCCGUGGUUUUCGGUACAGUUCCAUCCGGAGGCCUGUGGGGGGCCUACGGACACCAGCUUUCUUUUCACGUACUUUAUCAAUGCGGUUGUUAAUCCUACUGCAUUACCUGUUACUACUGUACCGUAUCGUCUGCCUAAUCCGGUUAAGAAGGUCCUGGUCUUGGGCUCUGGCGGCCUGAGUAUCGGCCAAGCUGGAGAGUUUGAUUAUUCGGGCUCGCAGUGUAUUAAAGCCUUGAAGGAGUCCAACAUUAUGUCGGUCUUGAUCAACCCUAACAUUGCUACUGUGCAGACUAGUAAGGGCCUAGCUGAUAAGGUCUACUUCUUACCUGUUACGCCAGAGUUUGUCACUAGUGUGAUUGAGAUUGAAAAACCGGAUGGACUUUUCUGCACGUUUGGUGGGCAAACUGCGCUCAACUGUGCAGUGGCCCUGCACGAUGCGGGGGUUCUCAAGAAACAUAAUGUGAGGGUAUUGGGCACGCCUAUAUCUAGCAUUGUUAUGACCGAGGAUCGAGAGCUCUUCUCGAAGGCAGUCGAAACGGUGGGGUACAAGGUAGCUGAGUCGGAGUCUUGUACUACGGUGGAGGAGGCUGUUGAUGCUGCUGCUAAGUUGGGGUAUCCGGUCCUGGUACGAGCGGCGUAUGCACUGGGUGGUCUUGGAUCUGGCUUUGCUGCUAAUGAAAUGGAACUACGCGACUUGUUGCCGAUCAGUUUUGCGGCUUCUAAGCAGGUGAUUGUCGAUAAGAGUUUAAGAGGAUGGAAAGAGGUGGAGUAUGAAGUUGUUCGAGAUAGUCAAGACAACUGUAUUACGGUAUGCAAUAUGGAGAACUUUGAUCCUAUGGGAAUUCACACGGGAGAUUCUAUUGUUGUGGCCCCUUCACAGACACUAUCUAAUGCUGACUACUACCGCUUGAGAAAGUGUGCUAUUCAGAUGAUACGACAUAUUGGUAUUGUUGGGGAAUGUAAUAUACAGUAUGCGGUAGAUCCUCACUCGGAUCAGUUUCGAAUUAUCGAGGUUAACGCACGUCUGUCGCGGUCCUCAGCCUUGGCGUCUAAAGCUACUGGUUACCCUUUGGCGUAUGUGGCGGCUAAGUUGGCGUUGGGGACAGAUCUUGUGACACUACGUAACAUGGUCACCAAGUCGACUACGGCGUGUUUCGAGCCUAGUCUUGAUUACUGUGUGGUGAAAGUGCCAAGAUGGGAUUUGAAAAAGUUUGCUACUGUUGAUCCUAGGGUGGGGUCGUGUAUGAAAAGUGUUGGAGAGGUGAUGGCUAUUGGUCGGAAAUUUGAGGAGACUAUGCAGAAAGCUCUGAGGAUGGUGGACGAGUCUUGUGAGGGGUUUACGGCGGAGCGCUAUGAUUUGGAGUUCGAGGCGAACCCUUUCCUUGGGGAAUCUACUGAUGGUGACACACUACGUCAAGAACUGUCACAACCGUCACCACUCAGAGUGUGGGCUAUCGCUAAAGCCUUUGAUAUGGAGUAUGGUGUGGAGGAUCUUCAUCGACUUACUCGCAUUGAUAGAUGGUUCUUGUCGAAACUGCAUAAUAUCCAUCUUAUGAAAAAACAGUUGCAGAAGACCGACCUGAACAUGUUGAAACAGGACCCUCGCCUGUUCCUAGCGGCUAAGCAAUUUGGAUUUAGUGACAAGUAUAUGGCCAAGUCGACUGCAUGUCGACAGGGCGUUGAGGAAUGGCAUGUCCGGUGUGUGAGGAAGCAGCUUGGUAUAGUACCUGUGGUGAAGCAAAUCGAUACACUGGCGGCUGAGUUUCCGGCGCAGACUAAUUAUCUGUAUAUGACUUACAAUGGAGUAGAGGACGAUGUUGGGAGUAGUGUGUUGGUCCUAGGGUGCGGCUGUUAUCGCAUUGGCUCUAGCGUGGAGUUUGACUGGUGUUCGGUGUCGUGUGUUCGAGAAGUGCGGAAGAACGGCAAUGUGGCUAUUGUGGUCAACUGCAACCCUGAGACUGUCUCUACUGAUUAUGAUGAGUCUGACCGCCUCUAUUUCGAGGAGUUAUCACUGGAACGUGUGUUGGACGUGAACGACUUUGAAAACCCUGAGGGUGUGGUCGUCUCUGUUGGUGGGCAGACUCCUAACAAUCUUGCCACAGCCCUCACAAGAAACGGUGCUAGCAUUCUUGGCACCAGUGUUGAGAGCAUUGAUACGGCAGAGGACAGGUCUAAAUUCUCGAUGCUAUGCGACGCACUUGGAAUCGAUCAACCAGAAUGGAGUGCCUUCGCAACGUUUGAGGAGGCACGGCACUUCGCCAACAGAGUGAAGUACCCGGUAUUGGUCCGACCGUCUUAUGUGCUAUCUGGAGCUGCUAUGAGAUGUGUGUAUGACGAUGAAGAACUCGAGAAGUUCCUCAAAACUGCGGCUGUUGUAGCACAAGAUCACCCUGUUGUGGUAUCGAAGUAUAUCGAGAAUGCCAAGGAGGUUGAGAUGGACGCUGUCGGCUGCGCGGGAGAGAUAGUUAACUAUGCUAUUUCUGAGCACAUACAGAAUGCUGGUGUCCAUUCCGGUGAUGCUACUAUACUCCUGCCCGCCCAGAAACUGUACGUGGAAACCCAUCGUCGUAUUAAGAAAGUGUCACAGAAACUCUGUAAGGCUUUGAACAUAUCAGGACCGUUUAAUAUACAGUUUAUGUGCAAGGAGAAUGAGGUGAAAGUCAUCGAAUGCAACCUACGAGCCUCCCGUACUGUGCCGUUCAUCAGCAAAACGUUCAAUGUGAACUUCAUCGAGAUUGCUACUAAAGUCAUGUUACGUAUACCGGUGCGUCCAUGGAAUAUUCAUCCGAUCGAUACUGAGUUUGUGGGGUGCAAGGCUCCUGUAUUCAGCUUUCAAAGGUUGAAGAAUUCAGACCCCCGUCUCGGUGUGGAGAUGCAAAGCACUGGUGAAGUGGCAUGUUUCGGUAGAACACCAUAUGAGGCUUAUCUGAAAGCCUGGCUAUCUGCUGGUUACACUCUACCUACCAAAACCAUAUUGGUGAGUAUUGGACCGGAGCAGCAAAAGGAGGAGUUCUUGCCUUGGGCAUCUAUUUUGAUUUCUCUCGGGUAUCACUUGUUCGCGACUAGAUCGACGUACCAGGUUAUGAAGGAUAAGCUUAACCCGAGCCAGAGCUCACUAACGCUAGUAUACAAACCAUAUGCACGCCGGGAGCCAAAUGUGAAGACCCUAAUUCAGAACGGCAAGAUUGAUAUGUGCAUCGUCAUCCCGAGCAGUGCCGACUCCUGCGCUAUCACAGAAGGCUUCGAGAUGAGAAGGUUGGCUGUUGACACGCGAACGGCUCUUAUCAAUGACAUUAAGGAGGCAACUUUCUUGGUACUGUCACUUGAGAAGAAGUAA